CUAGUACUGUCGAAAUGGGUUCCUUCGGACGCGGUCUCUUGAGUGGAGUCGGUGGACUCUUCAAGCGAGGUGCUACCGCCCUCGGACUCUAUUCUUCUGCGCCAACAUCUUCGGAUCUCGGGUUCGAAUACGAAGACACUGCAGCUCGUACCGUUGGUGAAGUCGAGUCUGACGACCCUAACGACCCAUACGUUGCUCUCGGUAUGCCUACCUCCCUUCCUGCGACUCCUCCGCGUCCCAUCUCCUCGUCAAACAUGCUGACCUUUCUAGCUCUCCCGGACAUCGAGGAUGAUUGGGGAUGGGUCAAUCAUCUCCAAGAGAAAGGCUAUUGGAACAGCCGCAAAGUUCCUCAGGGUUAGUCUAACCUGCCUACUGUCCGAUUAUAUCCAACCUCGACUAACUUAUUCACUACAGAUGUCUAUCCCAAAGACCUGCCAGCUGGCUUUGCCACCAACCUCCAAGCGUUCAUCAAGUCUUCUCCUGGUAUAAGCGCAACUCGAGCUCUAGAACUCGAGAUAUACAAGUGUGGCGUCGACAAGAAGCACCUUGAGAGAGGGCGCUUUUUGGGAGAGCUUGACGAUAACAAUAUGUGGG